UUCAUCAAACACUAAUCCCAAUCUUUUAGGAAAACAACACAUACCCUUAGGGACAUCAAACACUGAUCCCGAUUUGGAGGAAGAUAGAUAGAGGGUGAGAGGACGAUUCGGAUAAUAAAAACAUAUUUUACCGAAGUAUCAAACUUUUAUACACUAACAAAAUUUACGAACAUCCGUUAUUCAUUUUGUAUGUCAAUUCGCAAAUGUAAAUUUUCUCCAUAAGGGACAUAACACGACAAACAUUUCUCUCUUAUCGACACUGAUAAAAAAGAAAAAAAAUGGGAUUGUUUGCACGAAUAUUGCUGACCGUUUGGCUAAUGGGUGGCACCGCCGGCUCGAUAUAUCUGCUAGGCAGACGGGCUUUAGAAAUCGGCGUACGUAUGGUGGCUCUCCAUACCGAAACAUGUUUAGAGGACACUGUGUUAUGGCCAACAUAUUUGAUGACCGGCGUCUUGGUUACAUGCCUCCUUGGCCUCGUCGGAAUCGUAUGUUGUAAAGUCAAAUUCUUUCAAUGGCUCUUUACUUUCUUGGUCAACAUCGGACUUCUUUACGUCAUGGGCAUUGUCGUUUGGCGUUUGCUUAUGUUCGGGUGGAUCAGAAAAUCGACAUCAGCCGUUUUCGAUGAUGUUUAUAAGGAGGAUUCACCUCUAGAUGAAAAAUAUAAGCCGAUGCUUAUCGAAGCCAUGGUUGCCGACAACGUAUGGCCGAUGGUUGAUGAGUGUUUGACGGAGAUUAAGUUUUGUGAAGAAGAUCGUGGACCUGAAAAGUUCCUUGAUAAAGACGAAGAUUGGAAAAUAGAAAAUUACUACGAAUUUUUCAGGGAAGGGUGUUGUGUGCCUCCGCCAAAAUGUGCACGCAAAUUGUUUGAGUUGGGGAGUGUAAGCGAAAACGAUGAUUGCGUAAAAUGGGCGAAUGCGACAUUGAAGAAACCAGAGCAUGUCAAAUGUUUCGACUGUGAUUCGUGUAAAGCUGCCCGCAUGGCGACGUAUAUAACAAAUCAAGACAAGGUUGGUAUAUAUUUGACUAUUGCCGGCGUAUUCCUCUUCAUAGCCAAUCUGUUUUCUUCAAUGGGGGGUUUUGAAUAAACAGGGUGUG